UUAUUGUUUUUUUAUUCUUUCUUCGUACAAUAGUAUAAAAAGUGAAAGCUUUUAGAUUAGAGCAAGUUAUAGGACUGCUAAGAAAAAAAAGCAUCAGUUUCAGAUCUAUUUCCAUGUUCGUUUGUUCACGUCCUCUAAAUAUUCGCAAUGAUAAUAGUAAUUAUUUUUGUAACAAAACCUUCUGACCCCCGUCUGAAUUUGACUUCACAAUCACUCAGCGAAGUUACCAUUGUUAUGAAUUAAUUAUCAAUUGUUUAAAAUUAGUCUUUAAUGAUCGUAUUUAACGUGUUUAAACAUGAGUUUUGUCCCUAGAGUAUCAUUGUAAAUUUAAAUGGACGCUUUCAAGAACCGCUGGCUAUCAGAUUCUGGUCUCAUGUUGAAAGUGAGGUUUCUCGAAGUUAGCCGCUGUACUUGUUCUGGAAAGCGAGGUAGAAGUUCUCAGUACGAGGUUCGUUGUAUUUAUUAAACGUAAACAAAUAAAAAUUACUAGUAUGAUAUCACUUCAAUCAUACGAAGACGAUGUAUUUAUCAACGAUGCGAAUUCGACAACAAUUUCAGACAAUGUUAUUAAUUUAAACGAACUUGUUGUUGGUAGCGAGCUUGGCAGUGGAGGUUUUGGUUCAGUCUGUGAAUGUUUCAUGCGAGGAAACAAAUACGCAUUAAAAAAGUUCCAUAAGAACAGGACAAACGAUCGAGCAUCGCGAGAAAGUUUCGAAUCGGAAAAAACAGUUCUACAUCUAUCUCAUCCAAACAUUGUAAGAACGUACUUCACAUUUGCGUUCGAAGACACGCAUUGUGUUUUGAUGGAGUUUGUCAGUCGCAAAACAUUACAAAAUAUAAUUGAUGAUUCAAACGAAGUAAUCGAUAUAUAUCGAUGUAAACGAUUUGCUCGAGAUAUUAUUGCAGGACUUGCGUAUGCUCAUCGUAACAAUAUCGUGCAUUUAGACUUGAAGCCGGCCAACAUUUUAAUAACAGCCACAGGUGAAUGCAAAGUCGCUGAUUUUGGUUGUUGCCAAGUGGUAGGAGAUACAAGGGUACCUUCGACGCCGACUAAAUCAAGUUUAACUGGUACAUACGCAUAUCGGGCACCUGAACUUUUAAGAGGUGAAUCAAUUUCAACUAAAGCGGACAUCUAUUCUUUCGGCAUUUGUUUAUGGCAAAUGCUAGUACGUGAAAGACCGUUUGGAAACGAACAUUAUCAAGUAAUCAUUUUCAAAGUUGUCGCUUAUAACUUAAGACCUAAAGUGCCAACUGCGAGUGAUCAAAUUGAAAUGGAUUAUAUUGAGCUAAUGAAGCGCUGCUGGGAUAAAGAAAACAAAAACCGGCCAACAGCUGAUGAAAUUUUAAAGCAUUUGUCGUAAAAUCUUAUCGUAUUGUGAAUUAUUUAUCAAGAUUUUUUAUCGCCUAAAACAACAAGUUCUAAUAUCUUUCUUGAUAUAAUUAUCUUUUCAAAAACACGACUCGAAAUCCCUGUGAUUAAAGUCCAUCUGUAUCGAAAUUAGUUUUCUUUUGAAAAAGUCAUCAAUUUUUUUAAGAAAUGUACAAUAAUUAAUUAUACGAAUUAUAUGUGUACCUUUUAUAUUCUACCGCUAUUUAUAUUACAUUUUUAACACAACUUUAUAAAAGAAAGUAUUAUAUAUAAUCAUAUUGUAAAACAUGUACAUACCCAU